AUGGGGGGUGAUGGUCUUCAUAAUAGUCAUGAUGACGUUACCAGAGAAGAGAUCUUCAGGGAAUUCAAGCCAACUUUCGCCUAUCAGCUUUCAUUAAUUCUUGGAUCAUUAUUUGACAAGCCUGUUACCUUUUUUCGCGAACAAGUUGUUAACAAAGUUCGCACUCCUUACCCAUACUAUCAUAAGCGAUAUGACCGUGUUCCAACGAUAGAUCAGUGUCUUACCAACGACCUGGCUUGUUUUGAGGAGGCCAAUCAACAAUACCAUCGAGACCGAUUGGUGGAUUUAAAUAUUGUUCGGAUUCUGCGUAAUCGCAAAAAUGAAUGUGCGAGGUGGUACAAAUACGAGAAAGAAGAUGUUUAUCGAUUCUGCGGUUCCAUGUUCACUGAUUAUGAAGAUGCAGCUGUCAACUACUACAUUAAAUAUGGAGAACUGCACUGGUCAGCAACUGUUGUUGAUGCUUUUAUGAAACAAAAACAUCGUUUACUAUGGGAAAGACGGUACGGUCCAGUUGGUAAAACUAGUGAUGAGAAAAAGAAAUUAGCUGAAGCUAGUGAUAAAGUAACCAAAGAAAAAGAUAACUUCGCUCAUAGUUUAUUAAUUACUACCAGUUUUUAUCAUUACUCAACUUCGGAGAAGAUGGACACUAUAUAA